GAGAGGAAGGAACAAUGGCGGUCACUACAUCACCAUCAGCUUCACCAAGAAACAAAUCAAAGCCAAAGAAACAAAUCACCACCACCACCACCACCACCACUUCCACUUUUUCUCGCCCCAAAAAAAUGCAGGCCCCGCCGGCGUCACCCGCCGCCGCCCCCUCUCCCGCUGCCGUCGCCCUCAAAGACUCCAAAACCACUCUCUCCAUUAUCCUCGCCACCGCCCUCUUCUCCCUCAUUUUCUUUCUCUCCAUCUCCUCCUCCUCCCGUCGCUCCCCGUUCUCCGCCUCUGCCGUCCUCCACCACCCCAAACCCGACCCAUUUCUCUUCCCGACUCGUCAGACUCACCGGACCGUCUUCCGUAGCAGCAAUGCUUCCUCCGAUCCCACUCCUCCUUCUAUUGCUUAUCUCAUUUCCGGAUCCAAUGGCGAUUCCAAUCGGAUUCUUCGCCUCCUUUUCGCUGUUUAUCACCCUAGAAACCACUAUUUGCUUCAUCUCGAUCUCUCCGCUCCUCAAUCGGAGCGCGACUCUCUUGCUGUCGCUGUCGAAGCGAUUCCUAUCUUCAGAGCUGCUCAGAAUGUCGAUGUAAUCGGUAGAGCCGAUUUCGUGUAUCUCAAAGGCUCGUCGACAAUUUCUUCGACGCUUCACGGUGCCUCGCUGCUCCUCCGGUUGUCGCCGAAUUGGGAUUGGUUUAUUCGUCUCACUGCCGAUGAUUACCCACUUGUCACGCAAGAUGAUCUUCUUCACAUUCUGUCAUUUCUGCCAAAGGAUAUGAACUUCGUAACGCAUUCGAGUUACAUUGGGUGGAGAGAGGCUAGGAAAUUGAAGCCGAUAAUUGUUGAUCCAGGGCUUUAUCUUUCUGAGAAAACUGCCAUGUUCUAUGCCACCCAAAAGAGGGAAUUGCCUAAUGCCUUCCAGUUGUUUACAGGUUCGUCUCUUUCAAUCGUGAGUCGACAGGUUGUCGAGUUCUGCGUUCUCGGAACAGAUAAUCUUCCCAGGACUCUUUUGAUGUACUUCUCAAAUACUCAAUCUGGCCACAUGAACUAUUUUCCAACCGUCCUCUGUAAUUCUCAUCAGUUCAACAAGACAGUCCUUAACGACAACCUACUAUACGCCAUAUUUGACAAGCCUCCCAAAGAACAGCCCCAGUUCCUUGGCCCCUCUGAUUACGAUCUCAUGAUCGAGAGUGGAGCAGCCUUUGCAACAAGAUUUCAGUCGAACGAUCCAGUACUCAACCGAAUCGAUACUGAGAUCUUGAACCGUGGCCCCGGACAAAUCGUGCCGGGUGGGUGGUGUUUGGGGGAGCCGGGAAAUGAUACAUGUCUGGUAUGGGGAGAUGCAGAUGUAGUUAGACCUGGGUCAGGAGCAAGAAGACUUGAAAAACGAAUUGUUGGGUUGCUUUCAAAUGGUACAUUUAGAAGGAAUAGGUGUGUAGUUGUUGAAUGAUUCUUAAGGACUGAAUAUCCCCAAAAGAGAGCAAAAGGGAGUGCCAAUCCUCAUCUCCAUUCAUUCUUUAGGGAGUUUUAGGUAAUUUAGCUGUUACCAUUAACCUUUCCGGAAUUUAGAUUUGUAUCAUUAAAAAUGACGUCUUAGUUAUAUAUAGCAUAAUGAAAAUUAUGCAGAGAUCAUGGCUGUCAUAAUUUUGC